AUGAACACAUUCAACACUGCUGGUUCUUUGCCAAUCCACACUGCCCCAUCCCAGAUCUCCAUUGUGGACGUCUUCUUCCCCGGCUUCACCGGCAUCUCGGCGUCCUUACAGCAACUUCUAGCUAGUGACCUGAACAGCUAUGCUCACCUUCUGUGCUUCUGCAGCAUGCUCCUGUUCUUGGGUAGAUAUGCCAUCCGUUACUUGACGGACUUGAUGGAAACCUAUUUCACUUCGACCGUCCACGUCUCCUACUACAACGAAGUGUACGAUAUGCUCAUCGCCUGGGUAUCUACCCAGCCGUUCGCCCAUAAGGCUCGCUCCUCUCUCGCUAGCGUCGGCGGCAUGCAAAGACGAAAAAAGAUUACGGUUUUUGAGCAUCAUGACAGUGAAUGA